UCUUUGGAUAUUGCAGUGAGGAAUUCCGAAAUUCUCAAUGUUGAUAGAGGUUGUUCUAAUCAUCAGAAUUUGAGCCAGAGAAGUACGCAAAAUGGUCACAGACAUCGAUCUGUCAGUCCGCCUCAAGUACGGCAUCCACAGCAUUUUCCUCCUCGUGGACCCCACUUCCACCUUUGGAGCCGUCGCCUCAGAACUGCUCGAAAUUCUUCAGGAACGCUACCCAGAUGGCCUAACUACGCAGGACUCUAAAACAAAGACUGCCCUGCCGUCUGAUUCAUCCCUCAUUGAGUUCGCGGUGCUGAAAUCGCCUACGGAUCCACUGCAAGGUUGGAAGUCGUUGAAAGCGAAGGGCAACGACACGUGGGUCGGCAAGGGCGUCAAGGAUGGCAUGAUGGUGGCAUUUGCAUUCAGGGACGAGGAUGAGGAGGAAAUGGGCGAGGUCGUGUUUGUGGUGGAUUUCCCCAGCUACGACGAUGAAAUGGAAGAGCCCGAGGCGGAGGACGA